GGCUCCGGUCACGUGACGGCGCCGGGCUCCGAGCUGGCGUUCUAGUGGAGCAGUCAGUCUGUACUCGGAGGAGGCUGCGGCCGUGUCUGGGCUGUGGGGCGGGACGGGGACCGGAGUGACACCGAGAGUGGGGGAUCCUCCUGGGGACCGGACCGAGCGGAUUUUGAUGGGCUGAGAGCGCUGUGUGACGGGAGAGAGAGGCCGGAGCGGGACGGCGGCAGCAUGGGCGAAUACGUUGUGGAAUAUGACUAUGAUGCGGUACACGAGGACGAGCUCACCAUGCGGGUGGGGGACGUCAUCAAGAACGUCAGGAGGCUGGACGAGGAGGGUUGGAUGGAAGGGGAGAUCAAUGGCAAGCGAGGGGCUUUUCCAGAUAACUUUGUUAAGGAAGUGAAGAAAGAUUCCGAACCGAAGGAAGAGAAUUUACCUAAAAGGGAAAAGUCUGGAAAUGUGGCCAGCCUGGUGCAGCGGAUGAGCGUGAUCGGGAUUCCUGGGAUGGGACCGCCACCACCGCCUCCCAACAAGGCCGUCAAGAAAAAAUCCAAGAAAAGGCAGUGUAAAGUGUUAUUCGAGUACAUUCCGCAGAAUGAGGAUGAGCUGGAACUAAAAGUGGGAGAAGUCCUGGAAAUCACGGAGGAGGUGGAGGAAGGCUGGUGGAGCGGGACCAUAAGUGGACGGUCGGGGCUCUUCCCAUCAAACUUUGUGAAAGAACUGGAGCUGUCAGACGAUGGAGAAAGCCAAGAAAGUUCUGAAGAUCCAGAACCAGCGGCUGCCACUGUUGCCUCCCCUGCAUCUCCUCUACUAUCUCCAGCUAUUAACUCCGAAGUGCCUCCGCUGUCAGUGGCUCAGCCAAAGAAAGUCAUGGGAGUCGGCUUUGGAGACAUUUUCAAAGAAGGCUCCGUGAAGCUAAAAACGCGGAUGCCCAACGCUGAAGCGGAAAUCAAGAAGCCUGAGAAGCCAUCGCCCACCCCAGCGCCACCGACGAAAGUUGCCCGAACGAUAAGUUCAGAUUUCUCUAGGACAGAAACAGACAGCAAACCCAAAGCCAAAGAGACGUGCCGGGCGCUGUAUAACUAUGACGCCACCAAUGAUGAUGAGCUUAGUUUUAAAGAGGGCGACAUCAUCCACCUGAUAAGUAAGGACUCCGGAGAUCCUGGCUGGUGGAAAGGGGAGCUGAACGGAAAGGAAGGAGUUUUUCCUGACAACUUUGCUGCUAUAAUCCAAGAUUCUGAAAAGGAAAAGCCAAAGAAGCCCCCACCUCCUGUAAAGAGUCCGGUAGUGCCAAAGCCGGAGCUUCGUUUAGCAGAGAAAAGGUUUACUCCACCAAAACCAGAAGAGAGGGAUGAAAAGCCGUCUCUGGACCCUAAGCCUUCCAAACCAGCCGCUCCUCAGGUACCUCCCAAGAAGCCCAUACUUGUAAACAAGUCCAAUAGCAUACUGAAGCCAGCCUGUGUCCCACCCAAGAGACCAGAAAAGCCAGCGUUCUCCACUCCUCCAUCCAAGCCUAAUGGUGAAUCGCCUCUUAGUCGACCAAAGUCUGAACCUGAGCCAUUGAGUAAAACGAAAAUGGAUCUGGAGCAAUUUCUGAGUCGGCCGAAAUCUGUGGAGGUUGAACCGAGUGCAGUGAAAAGUCCACGAGAACAUGCUCCCUCUGAACUCAGCUUUGACGAUGUGGUCACUACCUCAGAAAACCUUUCCCACCCCACUGCCAGCAGACCAAAGAUGGCCGGCAAGAGACCCCCGGGACGCUUCAAUGGUUUGCACUCUCAAAAAGACUUGACUGAGGACCUAAAGGUACAUCAUGAGGAAGAGGAGGAAAUUGCCAAACCACUGACGCCGGAAAUAAAGAAGCCAUCAGUGACUGCAGCAUCUACGCCUGUAUUCUCACCCAUGUCAAUCGUGUCCAAACCCAUCGUCGCCCCCUUGAGCCCGGUCGUUGUGGACGUCAAACCAAAACUUGAUGAUGUGGAUGGAAGAAGGAGCGACGUAGAUGAACUCAGAGCCCAGAUCAGCGAGCUGCUAACUAUAGUGGACGCGCUCAGGAAAGAACAUGGGAACGAGCUGGAUAAAAUAAAGAAAGAAUUAGAAGAGGAAAGAAGGCUGCGGAGCAGUUUAGAAAGUGAAAUCGACAAACUAAAGAAGGCCGUACAGUUGUCGUGAGGCGCCCGCUUCCUGUAUCCUCAGUCCUUUCCAGAUAUUUAAUAAUCACAUUUUUUUUUUUUUCCACCAUCACGGAAGCAUGAUUAAAGCGAUUACGUUAUACGGAAUUUUUUUUUUCUUUUUCAGAAGACUUUUUAUUUUAUUUUUAUUUUUUUGCCAAUAAGAUAAAAGGGGCCUUAACUUCUUACUGUGCUGGAGCCGCGACCCUCCUGUGCAUAACUGGGUUUGCUUGAAUAUACUACUGAACUUGUAUGUAAAGAGAGGGAUUUGUGUAUCAGACUUUUAUGAAAUACUUAUAAUUGUAAUUUUUAUAUAUAAAAAGAUUAAAAAACAAACAAACCUAUGUCUAUGAAUAAGGGGGACGUCUACAAAUGAUCUGUAAUAUAGUCCUAUCGGGGUUCUCCUAUAGCCUUAGAUCAUUGCUGGUAGCUGAUAUUUUCCUAUACUUUUGGAAAGGGAAAUAUAUUGAUUAUUAUAAUAUUUUUUUUUGGUUUUUUUGUGUGUGUAUUUUUUAGCUUUCUUACCCAGAAUCGCCCACGGUUGUGCCUGCGCGCAGCUCGAGUAUUAAUAACAAGCUGUGUAUAAUUUAGAUUUAUAUGGAAUAGUUAUAUGUUAAUAUACUGUAUGUUGGAAGCAUCUCAUAUAUGCAUUAUUUUCUUUUAAUUUUUUAUUAUUCUAUAUAUAUAUAUUUACCUGGACAUCAAGUCACUUGCACUAGGAUAUAUACAAGGGAUUGCGCUGGAGUGCGUCUGCCUUGAGAUGGUCUCGCUUUAGGCUAGGGAUACGCGGCGACUUUGGCCGCAACCACAUUCAUUUUCAUCAUUUGCGAUUACACGAACCCUUAACAUGGCCAAAGUCGCCAUGUAGCCCCAGUGUUAAAUUCGGGGAAGGCCACUAG